GCAGGCGAGCUGUCCAUUGAAAGUCGGAAGUAGUUUUUUGGGUAGUGAAACUUGCCAAAAUGGCAGAAGACAGUAGUUAUGAGUCGAUGUUGUGCGUAAAACCGGAGGUUCACGUUUACAAGAUCCCGCCGCGGGCCUCUAACCGAGGAUACCGCGCUGCUGACUGGAAGCUGGAUGAACCUGCAUGGAGUGGUCGCAUGAAAAUUACAGCAAAAGGCAAGAUGGCCUUCAUCAAGUUAGAGGACAAAAACACAGGGGAGCUGUUUGCUCAAGCUCCUGUCGAACAGUAUCCCGGCAUUGUGGUGGAAGCUGUGACCGACUCCAGCAGGUACUUUGUGAUCCGGAUAGAGGACGGCAAUGGACGGCAUGCUUUCAUCGGCCUGGGUUUUGCGGAUCGUGGAGACUCAUUUGACUUCAACGUUGCCUUACAGGACCAUUUUAAAUGGGUCAAGCAAGAGGGUGAGCUGGCUAAACUGGAAGCUUCUCAGAGCUCGGCGCCGAAACUGGACCUGAGCUUCAAAGAGGGACAGACCAUCAAAAUCAGCAUCGGGAACAUCAAGAAGAAGGACGCAGGCGGCGCCAAACCCCGGCCGGCCGCCGGAGGUCUGCUCCCGCCUCCUCCUGGAGCGAAGGCCGGAGGAGUCCUGCCCCCCCCUGGAGGACAGCCUGUCCAGACUCACUCCGCUCCUCUUCUAGACUUCGGCUCCCCCGGCCCCGCGGCACAGCCCAGCUCGGAUGUGUGGGGGGAUUUCACAUCCGCAGGUUCCAACUCCAGUAACGAUGCUGUCAAAUCAGGAUGGGUGCAGUUUAGUUGAGUUGUGAGAAGCCGAGCGCACACUCAGGUUCCGCACAUUCCACGGACAGGACGCGAGGACUGUAGCAAGAAAGAGCGCCGGAGGAGCAGAUAGCUUCCUCUGCUCGAAGGAAAGUUUAGCCCGACGACCAACACGCUCUGGAGGAACAAACCCUAAACAGUGUACAUAGUUUUCCUCCUCACACUCUUCUCCACACUCUGGUAUGCAGUAGGUUUGAUUUUAGCAUUCAGGUGACUGUUGAUCAUUGAAGGUUUCGGCUCUCUUUAAAGAAAAUGAGCCUUGGCUGAAGGGAAAGGUUUCCUCGUUACACUAAUCUGAUAAAAUGUUUCUCCUCUGCCUAAAAAAUCAGACGUCCUGUCGCUGUUUAAACCUCUGAGGGUCGUAGGAUUGACCUCAUCUUUCCAAAAUCAAGCGUUUGCAUGUUUUCUCCCUCGCCUCCUUUUCUUUGCCAUGUGGGAAAAAUAGUUGAAGUAUUUGUCUUUGUUCAGCUGUAUAACAGCGCGUGUUUUAUUUCUUUACUGGUAGUUUUUAUUAGAUCCUACAAAAUUCUAUUGAUAUUUAAUGAUUAGUUUUAGAUUAAACAUCCUACCCAUGUUAAAAUGGGAUUUAGUUUGAAUCACAGCUGUAGGAAAGUAAGUCGUGCUCAUCUUUCUGUCUGUCAUUCAAAGCAUCAACACAUCUGUUGGUCUGUUUACGUUUGUUUCGUUCCUUUUGGGUGUUUCCCCUUUUUAAAAUGUGCCUUUUUACCCUUUUCAGUUUCUUUCUCUUCUGUUAAAAAAAUUUGCAUCAAGUAUUUGAUCAAGUGCCUUCCUGGAAAAGAUUUAAAAUGUAAACUUCCGUCUGUGUGUAAAUAAACUCUAUAUUUCAA